UCGGAAAGUGCACAUGCCCCUCGACCUCAAAACAAUUUGGAUAUUAUGAGCUAGGAAUAUCAAGUUGCAUGGCAGUAGGCAGGAAAUACACUCACGAAUACACGUACAUACACGCUAGUGCAUACCACCCACCCACGUACGAUAUGUUAGUGCUAUUCGAAACGCCUGCGGGCUACGCCUUGUUCAAGGUAUUGGAUGAGGGUGUUCUUAAGAAACCCGAUGAUAUUUGGAAGUCGUUCGAGACCCCUGAACAGGCCACUAAGACUGUCAAACUACACGCAUUCGAGAAGUUCGAGGACACCACUCAAGCCCUUGCAGCCGCUACAGCAUUGGUCGAGGGUAAGAUGGACAAGGAUCUUAAGGGAUUCCUUAAGAAGUGGGUCACAAAGAAGGGACUGUCCGAUGAGGUCGGUGUUUUCGACCCCAAACUGGCUGGAAUUAUCAAGGACAAACUCGAAAUCCCUUGCCGCACAGCCACCGAGACCGUAAUUAACGAGCUCAUGCGUGGUAUCAGAACACAAAUGGACACUCUUGUCACUGGUACCUCUGAGGAGGCCAUGAAGGCCAUGUCUCUUGGUUUGGCUCACUCUCUGUCUCGUUAUAAACUCAAGUUUUCGCCCGAUAAGGUGGACACCAUGAUCGUCCAGGCUAUCUCUUUGCUUGAUGAUCUAGACAAGGAGCUGAACACGUAUAGUAUGCGAGUACGUGAAUGGUAUGGUUGGCAUUUCCCAGAAAUCUCGCGAAUUAUUCCUGAUAAUCUCGCGUUUGCCAAGACCAUCCGAAAGAUUAGAGACCGAAAGAACACAUCCGCCACUGAUCUGGAGGAGUUUUUGCCCGAAGAAAUGAUCGAGGAGGUUAAGCAGGCUGCUGAGAUUAGUAUGGGUACUGAGGUGUCUACCGAGGAUAUGGACAACAUUAUUUACCUAUGUGACCAAGUUAUAAGCAUCGGAGAAUACCGAACACAGCUAUUCGACUACCUUAAGGCGCGAAUGAACGCCAUUGCACCCAAUUUGACGUGUAUGGUUGGUGAGCUGGUUGGUGCCCGUUUGAUCUCGCAUGCCGGUUCACUGCUCAACCUGGCCAAGUACCCCGCCUCCACAGUACAAAUCCUGGGCGCUGAAAAGGCCCUAUUCAGAGCCCUUAAAACUAAGAGUGAUACACCCAAGUACGGUCUUAUCUACCACGCAUCAUUAGUAGGUCAAUGCGCACCCAAGAACAAGGGUAAAAUCUCACGAGUUCUGGCUGCAAAGACCUCAUUGUCGGCGCGUGUAGAUGCACUAGGAGAUAAAGAUAAUGUCACCAUUGGUUUGGAGGCCAGGUCUAAAGUGGAGGCUCGGUUAGGACAGAUGGAGGGCCGACCAAUGCGUGUAUCAGGCCUUGCCAAGGGAGAGGCAGCGGCAGAGAGAAUAGAGGCCAAGGAGGUCAAGGGAUUCUCAACAGAGGGUGACUCGACAGUUAAACAGUCAAAGAAGCGUGCAGCGGAGGAGGAUAGUUCAGAAGAAAGCAAACCGAGUAAGAAGGUCAAAAAGGAGAAGAAGGUCAAAAAGGCCAAGAAGAGUAGUGAAUCCGAACCAGUCGCCGUCGAGGAGACGAAGGUCAAGAAAGAGAAGAAGAUUAAGAAAGAGAAGAAAUCAAAGAAGUCCAAGAAGGAGUAACAAGUCAGCCUGGAUCGAAAUUUAGUGUAUAUAGAAGACUUUCAAAGUUCGAAAAUAGAAAUAAAAGCGAGUGCACAAUUUAGAAUAUACAUAAGGUGAUGGUGUUUACUUUGCCAAAAGGAUUCUCGAGGAAUGCAAAAUGGCAAGGCUUUGCUGAUUCGAAUGGCACAAGCUGGCC